AUGUUGCAGCUAAUUCACGCUACUAUCGAUGACCUCCGCUCGGGCCUCGACCGUGGAGAGUUCAGCUGCGUCGACCUUGUCAAGGCCUACAAAGCGAGGAUCAAAGAGGUGGACGACAAGUUCAACGCCGUCAUCGAGACGACCCCGGAGGCCGAGACUGUUGCUAAUGUUCUGGAUCGAGAGCUCAAAGCCUCGGGGCCCCGGGGAAUCCUCCACGGGAUUCCCUUCUUACUCAAAGACAACAUCCCCACGCUUGACGGCACCGAGUCGACGGCAGGGUCCUAUGUGCUCCUGGGAUCGAAGCCACGCAAGGAGGCAGACAUCGUGGAAAGGCUGCGCGCGGCCGGAGCCGUCAUCCUCGGCAAGGCGAACCUGGCCGAGUUCUCGGGCUUCCGCUCCACCAACGGCAGCACGGGCUGGAGUCCCCGGGGCGGUCAGGUUACCGGACCAUACUAUGAAAAUCAGAAAGUGUCGGGCAGCAGCAGCGGCUCGGGCGUUGCCGUGUCGCUGGGGCUCUGUGCGGCCAGCAUUGGGACUCAGACGAUUUUCAGCAUCGUGAAUCCGUCCGAGAGAAACUGCGUUGUCGGCCUGAAGCCGACCACGGGUCUGCUGCCGUCGGCCGGCCUCAUCCCCGUUUCGCACCAGCAGGAUGUCGUUGGGCCCAUCGCACGAUGCGUCCGCGGCGUUGUUCACAUCUUGACCGCCCUAGCCGACCCCCCACCACCAGACUACUCGCGAGAGUACCUCUCGGGCUACGACGGCGACACCAAUCUGCAAUUUCUGCAGGGCGUGACCACCGGUGUGAUCCACGACCCCACCGAGGCCGGGCAUCCGGCCAAGAUGGCAGCGUUCCGAGAAGCCGUUCGGGUGCUCGAAUGGCACUCGACCCGCACCACCGAACCUGUGCACCUGGGCGGGCUAGACGAGUAUACGCAGCUGUCGCAGCGCGACAAGGACCUCGUGCUCAACCAAGACUUCCGGGCCAGCAUGGACGAAUAUCUCGGGUCGCUGGCCGUGCACUCGACAACGGACGCGCUCGGCAACAUCGACAGCCUAGGCAACAUCGACAGCCUGCACAAGCUCAUCGAGGCCAUCAAGCAGAACCCCCGCGAGGACUACCCGCACCGCAACGUGGCCGCCAUGGAGGAGGCGGCCGACCGCACGAACUUCGACGCCGAUGCCUACGGCAAAAUGCAGGCCUUCCGGGAGCGCCUGCGCGGCAAGGACGGGCUCGAGAGCGCCCUCCGCGGCUACCUCUGCGACGUGUUCAUCACGCCCACCAACUCGUGGGCCUUGUCCGACUUUGCCGCCAUCGGCGGGAACCCGCAGCUGGUCGUGCCCCUGGGGUUUUAUCCCGACGACACCGAAGUGGUCGUGUGUCCCAAGUCGGGCCUCGUUACGGCCGCGCCUGGACUACCGUUCGGCCUCUUCAUUUUUGGCCGCCAAUAUGGCGAGGGCGAGCUGCUCCGGGUGGCCCGCUGCCUGGAGGAGCAGACCAAGGUCCGGCUUGCGGGCAAGCCGUUCCUGGUCCCCCAGACGGAGCUCCCUGGUGUUUUUGCGCCUAAAGAAGACUAA